AUGGCUGACGACGCUGGCGCUGCGAUGCAAGGCCUCGAUUUCGGUAACGGCGGGGGUGGCAACCCAGGUAACGCCGAAUCGGCUACUGGCAACAAUGGUGCGGGUGCCGGCGACGGCGGCCCCGGCCUUGGUAAUAACAGCACCGGCGGCACUGGUGAUGGCCAGCCCGGCGGCAACGCUGCUGGCACGGGCACUGGCAACGGUGGCGACUCGAAUGGCGGCGGGGACGGCGGCGGCAAUGGCCCCGCGCCCGAUCCCGAGAGCGAGGAUGCUCGCAUCGUGCGGCUCACCCACGAGCUCGAAGAGGCCUUUGCGGCCCGCGCAAACAAGGCUGGCGCUCCUUCCGAAUUAGGCCCCAUGUUCAUGUCCAAGGAGGGCGCGACCAAUGCUCGCGCGGCCAUCGCGAAGCCAACCGCUCCUCCUCCCUGCCCUAUUCAGCCCGGCUUCCAAGCGGACCCUCAGGCUACAGGUGAGAAUUGCUCCUCAUCCCUCCCUCUCUGGUCGCUGCGGUCGACACUCCUUCUGGAGUACACGUCGGCCACAGCCCAGCACAUCCCCACCGCUGCCAGUGAAAACUACGGCGGAAUUAUAUUUUCAGCCAAUUGUUUCCGCUUCUGGUCGGAUCUUGUCUGCGGCCACCGCCGCCGGCAGGUAUCCGGCGAGCGACCGUACUCGUCCACGAACACGUCCUUCACACGUCUCGAAUCGGUUCAGCGAACUCGUCGCUGA